CCGGGCGGCCCCUGGCGGAGGAGCGGCGGGACGCGCAGGCGCACAGCAGCAGCCGCCCGGUGGCCCUCAGUGCGCAUGCGCCCGCCCCGUCUUCCGCUUCCGGCUGUGCCGGCGCGGCGCGCACCGGGCGGUGCAGGCGGGACGGGGCCCGGGGUCAGAGGGCAAAGCCCCGCCAUGUUCCGGGCCCUGCUGCCCACCCGCCGCCUGCCCCGCCCGCUGCCCUGCCCACUGCCCCGCCCGCCUGUCCCCGCCCCCCAGCGCAGCCUGCAGGUGCCGGGGGGGACAUCGGGGGGCAGGGGGCUGCCCCUGGGGCAGCGUCUGGUGGUGGUGGGCGCGGUGGGGGCGACGGUGGGGGCGGCGUGGCUGUACCUGCGGGAGGAGAAGGCGCGGCGGCAGCGGGCGCGGCGGCAGGCGGAGCUGCGGGAGCUGGCCCUGGGCCAGGGCGACUUCCAGCUGCUGGACCAGGCCGGGCGGCAGCGGUGCAAGGCCGACUUCCGCGGGCAGUGGGUGCUGCUCUACUUCGGCUUCACCCACUGUCCCGACGUGUGCCCGGAGGAGCUGGCAAAGCUGAGCCGUGCCGUGGCCCUGCUGGAGCGCGAGCCUGGCCUGCCUCCCCUCCAGCCCCUCUUCAUCACCGUCGACCCCGAGCGUGACGACGUGGAGGCCGUGGGCCGCUACGUCCGUGACUUCCACCCACGCCUGCUGGGGCUCACCGGCACCCCCGAGGAGGUGCGGGCCGCCAGCCGUGCCUACCGCGUCUACGCCAGCGCCGGCCCCAAGGACGAGGACGGCGACUACAUCGUGGACCACACCGUCCUCAUCUACCUCCUGGCCCCCGACGGCCUCUUCCUCGACUACUACGGCCGCAGCAAGACAGACGCCCAGAUUGCCCAGAGCGUCCGCCGCCACAUGGAGACCUACGAGCCACUCCUCAACUGAAGGCAAUAAAGGCGCCCACACCCCUGAAAA